GGGAAGGGAGGGAUUCGGACACAAACAAAUGUCUUCGGUUUUGCAGUCGGGGAGCGUUACAGAUGACCGUGACAUGUCAGGUGGAUUUAAUAAAAGGCCUUUUGACAUUUGAAACAUGUGGCUCAAACCUGAAGAGAUUCUGCUGAAAAACGCGUUUAAGUUGUGGGUCACCGAGAAGGAUAAUGAGUAUUUCGUUCUGCAGAGGAGACGAGGGUACGGAGAAGGUGGUGGCGGUCUGACAGGCCUACUGGUGGGAACUUUGGACACUGUGUUGGACUCAACAUCCAAAGUUGCUCCCUACCGCAUCCUUCACCACACACCAGACUCACAAGUGUACUGGACGAUAGCAUGCGGUGUCACCAAAGAGGAGAUUGUUCAGCACUGGGACUGGCUGCAGCAGAACAUCAUGAGAACGCUUUCUGUUUUCGACUCCAGCGAAGACAUCACCAGCUUUGUACAGGGAAAGAUUAGAGGCCUUAUUGCUGAGGAAGGGAAAACCUCUUUGGUGCUGGAGGAUGAUCCUGAGAAAUUCAGAGAAGCACUUUUGAGGUUUGAGAAAUGGUUUGAGCUGCCCCCAGAGGAAAAGCUGGUCACAUAUUACUCAUGCAGCUACUGGAAAGGCAAAGUACCAUGCCAGGGCUGGCUCUACCUCAGCACAAACUUCCUAUGCUUCUAUUCAUACCUCCUGGGAGCUGAAGUAAAACUGAUUAUCUCCUGGGAUGAGAUCUGGAGACUGGAGAAAACCUCUAAUGUUCUUCUGACUGAGAGCAUCCAUGUUUUGGCUCAUGGAGAGGAUCAUUACUUCUCCAUGCUGCUGCACCUCAAUGAAACUUUUGUUAUCAUGGAACAGCUGGCUGACUAUACCAUCAAGCGUCUUUUUGAUAAAGAGGCAUUCCAAAGAGAGCCAGCACUCUCGGACCCCUUGCAAAUUACCAAGAGAGGCCUCGAAGCCCAUGCAAAGAGCGAACAGUUCCGCACAUUUUUCAGGCUUCCCAAAGAGGAAAACUUGUUAGAGGUGCAUGAGAGCUUCUUGUGGGUGCCCUUCAGCCACUAUAACACACUGGGCAAGAUCUGUCUCUCUGAGAACUACCUGUGUUUUGCUAGUCAGGAUGGAAGUCAGUGCCAUGUCAUUAUUCCAAUGCGAGAGGUUGUUAAUGUGGAGAAACCAGAGUCCAGCAGCAGGGGUUUAACGGUGUGCGUGCGUGGCAAGAGAGCAUUGCGUUUCUCUGAGGUGCGGGACUAUCAACGGCUUGCAAAUGCAAUCCGUAGCAGGUGUGGGAUUAGUGCCAGCCCCCAGCACUCUGCAUCAUCUGAGGCCAUACGAGGCGAAUGUCAGUCACUCAUAAAUCAUUUCGAGGACAAUCCAGAGGACGUGACUCUCAUGGUGGGACAGAAAGACAGCAGCAAGGCUGUAAGCACUGAGGCUCUCAUGACUGUAUUCCACCCUCAGGAUGUUGAAAACCUUGAUCCCAAAAUGCUUAAAGAAAAGAUGAAGGAGCAGUCUUGGAACAUCCAUUUCUCAGAAUAUGGACGUGGGACGAGUAUGUUUUUCACCAGGAAGACUCGAGACUUGAUUGUUCGUGGAGUUCCCGAGGCCUUGAGAGGAGAGUUGUGGAUGCUACUUUCAGGAGCUGUAAACGACAUGGCCACUCAUCCCGGCUAUUACACUGAGCUGGUUGAACAGUCUCUGGGCACGAGCACUCUAGCUACAGAUGAGAUUGAAAGAGAUCUGCACCGCUCUCUGCCUGAGCACCCAGCCUUUCAGAGUGACACAGGAAUCUCUGCUCUACGUAGAGUCCUGACUGCCUACGCCUACAGGAACCCAAAAAUUGGAUAUUGCCAGGCCAUGAACAUUCUCACUUCAGUUCUCCUGUUGUACGCAAAAGAAGAGGAGGCUUUCUGGCUGUUGGUAGCUGUCUGUGAGAGGAUGCUACCAGAUUACUUUAACCGGCGAAUUAUUGGUGCUUUGGUUGACCAGGCUGUGUUUGAGGACCUGAUCAGAGAAAACCUUCCCCAGCUGGUUGAGCACAUGACAGACCUUAGUUUCUUCUCGUCUGUGUCCUUGUCCUGGUUUCUCACUCUCUUCAUCAGCGUCCUGCCCAUCGAGAGUGCCGUGAAUGUGGUGGAUUGUUUUUUCUACGAUGGCAUAAAAGCCAUCCUGCAGCUCGGCCUUGCUGUGCUGGACUACAACAUGGAGGCUCUGAUCAGCUGCCACGAUGAUGCAGAAGCGGUCACCAUCCUCAACAAAUUCUUCGACAGUGUGACAAACAAGGACAGCCCUUUGCCUCCAACAGUGCAGCAAGCUUCGCUGGGCAAUAACGACAAAGCAUCUCACAUCAGCGUAGAUAUCAGCGAACUGAUUCGAGAAGCUUACGAGAAAUAUGGAAAUAUCCGUUCAGAGGAAGUUGAGAGUUCACGAAAGAGAAACAAGCUCUAUGUGAUCCAGACGCUGGAGGAUACAACCAAGCAGAAUGUUAUCCGGGUGGUGUCCCAAGAAGUCAGAUUCAACAUUUCACAACUUGAUGAACUUUAUAAUCUGUUCAAAAGGCAACAUUUCCUCAGCUGCUACUGGACAAUGAAAAGUCCAGCGCUUCUCCACCAUGACCCCAGUCUGGCCUAUCUAGAGCAGUACCAGUUGGGUUUCCAACAGUUCAGCUUGCUCUUCUCCUUACUCGAGCCCUUGGCUUUCUGCACCUCCAAGAGCACCCUCUCCCUCUGGGUUUUCCGCCUAAUAGACGCAAACCAGGACGGUCUCAUCAACUUUAAAGAAUUCUGCUGCGGCCUCGAUACUUUAUACAGCGGGUCUUUCACAAAUAAGCUGAAAUUUCUCUUCAAGCUUCACCUGCCCCCAGCCUUCACAGGUAGUCUUUUGCACUUGAAGGAACACAGAAUCCAGAACUUUAUUCCUGUGACCGAAGACUCUUCUCACUUGAGUAAACUCUCUGCCUUUGAGCUUCCAGAAGAUGGUGUGAUAAGAAAAAGCCCUGAAAGAGGCAGAGGAAAGGUGGACCUGCAGGCCUAUCUGAAACAAUGGCAAAAUGAAAUACUCAAGAAAGAGGAAAGUAUCAAAGACCUACCCAGAAUUAAUCAGUCUCAAUUCAUUCAGUUCUCCAAAACCCUCUACAAUAUUUUUCACGGUGAUCCCGAGGAGGAGUCACUGUACCGGGCCGUUGCCCAUGUGACCAGCCUCCUCCUGAGGAUGGAGGAGGUGGGGCGAAAGCUACAGGAGCCAAGCAGCCCACCUGAAACCAACAAACCUGCCAACACCUCCACUGCAGAGGAGUCUUCAACCGAAGAGGCCUCCACCACCUCAGAGGGCUCCGACACCUCUAGCUCCCACAUCAGCCAGGACGCUGUCUCCGACCUGUCAGAGACAGAGUGGUCCUUUUCGUUCGAGCAGGUCCUGGCAUCUCUGCUCAACGAGCCCGCCAUAGUCGGCUUCUUUGAAAGACCCGUCGAUAUCCAGACAAAACUAGCACAAGCCAGGGUAGCCCAGCUGAAGCUAAAGGCAAAUAAGUGAAAGGAUGCAUAAGGGAAUUUAGAGUUUGCUUCUGAAUCAUACCUAAAGGUUAUCAUGAAUUUCCUAUUUCCACUUUAUUCAGGUGGAUGUUGUUGAAGCAGAGUAAGAUUACUUUGAUAAUAUAAAUGACAAGGAGAUAUAACAAAAUUGGGGUGCAACCUUGUGUGUGUGUGUGUGUGUGUGUGUUCUGCAAACGAACAGCAAUUAUAGCAGAUGAAACAUGAAACACAUGAUCUUAAAGACGCUAAAAACACUGUUCUGUAACAGCCUGCCAGCCAGCACCAUAACUGUGUUUUUAAUGUGUAGUCUUGUUGCAGACAUAUGCAGUCAUUCCUCAAAUCUGAUUAUGCAUUUUCAACCGUGAUGAUGAAUUUCAUUCUCUAACUUUGUCUAGAGUUCAAGUCAAGUUUAAAUACAGUACUUUUUUAUGUGGUAUAAUUAGGCACAUUGACUACUCUGUUUCCAGAAGUCUGUCUUAACUGUCGUUGACAAGGCAACCGAGAGACUCCCAUCUGAAUGUGUCAAUGUAUAUUCUCAUUCAGAUUAGUAGCCACUGCUUUAAAGUGAAACUUGUGUGUAUGCUAGGCUGUCCUGACUUAGGUGUCCACAUUGUGUGAGUACCUCUUAAAACAUCCACUUACUUAAUGUAAAAACACCAGCUAUAUUGGUAGUAGGAUAUAAUAGUAGUAUAGUAAGUUAAGGACAAGUUGUAGUGUUGUCCCUGGAAGCCAUAAACCUGAUUACAGAGAUUACCUGAAUCAGAUAUGUUCUAUUGGUAGCCAAAAAGAUUAAAUUGCAGUAAUACACACUUGCAAUAACAUACAAGAUUGAACGAUGUACCACCACAGUACUUGCCUGCCAUGUUUCUCCGAUAGCAGCACACAAGGUUAGCUUAGCAUGAUUUGAUGUGUGUCGGACUUGAAAUCUCCACACUGCUGCUGCAUCUUCCUUUGCGCUGUGUGUGUGAUCUUCACAGUGCUGUUGGUGGAUGUAUUGUUUGCAUAUGUAAGUCUUACUGUUAAUGUACUGUAGGAUAUUAAGGCUUUAGUAUGUGCAGCAUUUCAUACAUAAGUCAGUUUAUUAAGUGUUUUUGAUUAUUGUAUUUAUCAAAGUUAUAUUGAAAAUAUUAUCCAAGCUAGUGGACUGUUGAGGAAAACGUAAACCUUUUGAAGGACAUUAUGUUUUGACUAAUCUCAGGGUGACAUUUGUUCAAAAUGAAAGAAAGCAAAGGAUUAUUUUUCAACCUGGGAGAUAU